CUCACACUCAUCCCAAAGCUGGAGCUUGAGCUUGAGCUUUAUUCUUUGACACUGUCACUGCCAAACUACCUCGAGCAAUCGCCUGACGAACAGCCGCGUAUCAAACGUGGAUUUUUGAGUUUUGCUCACUGACGUCGCACAGCCAACAUCUACUUAACCCACAAACUGCGUUCCGAUCUACCCGUCUCAUAUAAGAACCCGUAGGGAAUUUGCGAUUACGACAGGAUUAGGUGGACUUUGAGCUCUUUGCGACGGAAGCACGUAUCACUCGCAUUACAACCAGGAUCUACAGUCUUGUAAAGCCAGAAGCUAAGACGUACAACAACCCCCCGGACCUUACCGGAAUGAACACGGAGGACGAAAACCUGGGACCCCUGGUCCGCCUAUGGGGCCUCCGGACGGAGCAGCUCCCGGCGCCGAGCGCCACGACGGCGGACUUGGCGCCGUUCCUCAUCGCCGUGCUCCAAGAAGCCGUUCCGUUUAUCGACGCCGUGGCGCCCAAGGACGGCACGGCGCGCCCCAAUGAGUGGAAGGCCAAGGGCACAAAGACGUUUCCCGAGUCGACGGCGCCCGUGGAGCUGUACGAGCGCAUCGUGCCCGCGGCGGAGUUGGAGAAGGAGGCGGCGAGGAACCAGCUGCCCAACAGCAGCUCGGUCGCGAGCGAGACGUGGGCGUGCCGGCGGAGCAUCCACAAAGAUCGGCCGGGCAAGGGGACGGCGGCGUGGGAGGAGUUUGUCAAGUGUUUCAAGGACGACCACGUCGAGGCCGAGAAGGCGUUUACGCCCAACGUAAUGGAGGCGCGGGAGGCGCUCGCGUGGGAUUGCAGCGGUAUCGUCGUUGACGAGGGCGGGUUGUCGUGGGAGGAUUUUAAGGUCGGGGUGUCGGAGAUCAAGCACAAGCUCGGGAUGCCGCUCAAGAACCGCGUGUUCCCCGUGCUUAUCAUCUCGGCCAGGGCAAAGGGCGCGGUUGACGAGUUCGUCGUGGUGUCGAUACCCGUCUCGGAUCUGGCUGCGUCGGAGCACGGGAAGCUCGUCAAGGAGAAGGGUGUCGUUGUCGGCGCAUACGUUAGCGUCGAGAGGGUUCGGAAGCUGCCGACGGGGGCGAUUGAGUGGAUUAUGGCUACGGCGUCGGACGCGAAGGGGGUGUUGCCUGCGUGGAUUCAGGCAAAGGCCGUCAUUGGCGUCGUGGCCAAGGACGUUGCGCUGUUUCUGGGCUGGAUUGCUGAGGAGAGGGAGAAGGGGACGAGCGUGGGGAAGUGGACUGCCGUCAAGGGGAAUGGUGGAGGAAGCGAAGUUCCGAAUCGCAAGCCGUCUAUGACUUUGGAGGAUGCCGAGUCUUCCAUGCAGGGUGGUCGCACUUCGAGGCAGGGUGUAUCUUCAAGGAAUGGGAAGGAGCCAGUGGCUGGAGGUACGAAUGGAGGAGGAUCGGGGACAAAUGGCCAAGCACACGCAUGA